AUGAAUUACGACUUUCCAGACGUGGUGAUGGUUGGCGGUCGCUGGCGGUCGGCCAGAGCUUAUGCACGUGAUGGCGAUACGACUCCUAUCAUCACGUGCAGCAUCUUCGAUUCUUUGCUUCAUGAGUACUUGGCACUAAACAUACCUACCUAUAGUUCUGCGGAGAAAACCCCAAUGUCGGCUACUCCGACAUUCUGA